CGUCACGUGACGGGUCGGCAGCGCCGGCGGUUGCUGUCAGCUGAUUCCCCGGGUUGGUGGCAGCCGCAGCGCAGCAGAGGCGAUGGAGUUUCUCCUGGGGAACCCGUUCAGCUCUCCGGUGGGACAGCGCAUCGAGAAAGCUACAGAUGGCUCCCUGCAGAAUGAGGACUGGGCCCUCAACAUGGAGAUCUGCGACAUCAUCAACGAGACCGAGGAAGGUCCCAGAGAUGCCUUCCGAGCAGUGAAGAAGAGAAUCGUGGGGAAUAAGAACUUCCACGAGGUGAUGCUGGCUCUCACGGUCCUGGAAACCUGCGUCAAGAACUGCGGGCACCGCUUCCACGUGCUGGUGGCCAGCCAGGACUUCGUGGAGAGUGUUCUGGUGAGGACCAUCCUGCCCAAGAACAACCCGCCCACCAUCGUGCACGACAAGGUGCUCACCCUCAUCCAGUCCUGGGCUGACGCGUUCCGCAGCUCGCCCGAUUUGACAGGUGUGGUCACUGUCUACGAGGACCUGCGGAGGAAGGGCCUGGAGUUCCCGAUGACCGACCUGGACAUGCUGUCGCCCAUCCACACGCCCCAGAGGACUGUGUUCAGCUCGGAGACACCAUCAGGACAGAAUUCUGUGGGCACUGAUACCAAUCAUCGAGGGGACUCCAGCCAGCACACUACCCCUCUGUCCGCCCCGGCUGUGCUCCCCAGCGACACACCCAUAACGCCAACCCCUGAGCAGAUUGGGAAGCUGCGCAGCGAGCUCGAGAUGGUGAGUGGGAACGUGAGGGUGAUGUCAGAGAUGCUGACGGAGCUGGUGCCCACCCAGGCAGAGCCCACAGACCUGGAGCUGCUACAGGAGCUCGACCGGACGUGCCGAGCCAUGCAGCAGCGGGUCCUGGAGCUCAUCCCCCGGAUCGCCGACGAACAGCUGACAGAGGAGCUACUCGUCGUCAACGACAAUCUCAACAAUGUGUUCCUGCGCCACGAACGGUUUGAACGGUUCCGAACAGGCCAGACCGCCAAGGCCCCAAGUGAGGCCGAGGCGGCAGCUGACCUGAUGGACAUGGGCACUGACCCAGCAGCCCCCAGCAGCCUCUCGUCCCAGCUGGCGGGAAUGAACCUGGGCUCCAGCAGCGUGAGGGCUGGCCUGCAGUCCCUGGAGGCCUCUGGCCGCCUGGAAGACGAGUUUGACAUGUUUGCGCUGACACGGGGCAGCUCACUGGCUGACCAACGGAAAGAGGUGAAAUAUGAAGACCCCCAAGCAACGGAUGGGCUGGCUGGAGCCCUGGACGCCCGGCAGCAGAACACUGGAGCGAUGGGAGGCAGCAGCGAGAAGAGCCUCAGUGACUGGAUGGUGAGACAAGGCAUGGUGAGGAGGGGCCAGGCCGGCCACCCGGAGAGCUGGGGCUGCCGCUCGCAGGGGUCCUGCCCGGGGGGUGCUGUCGGAGGGAGGGGGACCGUUAGACCCAGAGGAGAAGGAGGGGCGCUGUGCAUGCCCGGGCAGCCGAGGGCCUGCUGGGCCCAGCCCAGCGUUCAGCACGGUCCCACUCCCUCUGCUCUUGCUUCCACGGCCCCCCAGUGCCCACUUCUGGCUCCUGACUUGGAAGCAAGGCCCAGACAGCCCCUCGGGCAGCUGAGAGGUGGCCGGGGCUCGCCUGGUUCUGGGGCGAGCACCAGCAGAGGGCCGAGCGGGAGAGGGAGCUGGUGUGGGCGGCCCAGGGCACUUGCUGCUGCUGUUGCUGGUGCUGCUGGUGCUGCUGGGAAGCGGCUCCUGCUCUUCUCUGGGCUCUCCUGCUGCCCACUGGCCUCCUCAGCUGCUGGGGACAGAGCUUGGGGACUGAACUGGCUUGGUUGGAAAAAGACUGUCUCUCGCUCUCUUUCCCAAAGUAACUCAGUGGUAACUAGCAUUUCCUGAGCGUCUACUCUGUGCCUGGCACUGUGCUAAGCUCUUAAAAGCCAUCAUCUCAGUUAAUCCUCACAGCAACCCGGACGGUAGGUACUGUUGUUAUCCUCCCUAACGAUGAGCCCAGUGAGGUUCAGAGAAGUUAACCUGCCCAGGGUCACACUGUAUUAAGGGGGCCGAGCCAGAAUUCAGUUUCUCUGACACCAAAGUCUGUGCCCAUUACCUCCACUGGAUUCUCCCUCUGAAGAUGCUGUUAGAGAAGGAAGCCCCAGACCCCAGCCCCUGUGCAGGAGCCUUUGUGGUAGAGCCCAUGUCUUUGUGGCCCAGAGUGAAGUGUCCCCGUGCAUGGCCACAGCCCGAGUCCAUCAGCCUGGCCUUGUCUGGUCAUCUGGGCACUCCCUCCACUCCAGCCCUUCUGUGGCCCUCUCCACCGUGCACCCUGGGUCUGAGGAGGUGUGGGAGACCCGGUGGUCCCUGGCCCACAAUGGUGCCCCUUCUGGACCUUGAUGGCCGGCCCUGCCUGGGCUUUGCAUGUUCAUCUGUCAGGGGCUCCUCAGCAC